AUGGCGGCGCCCACAGGACACAGAUGGCGGCGCCCGGGGCCCUCUUGCUGGAGGGCCAAGAUGGCGGCCCCCACGCCGGAAGUGCCGGCGGAGACCGGAAGUGCAGGGGGAGGGGACACCCGGCCGCCAUUUGGCGUUGGAGGCGGAGCGGGAGCGGAGGCGCCUCCCCGGGGCCCCCCCCUCCCCUCCCGUCCUUCCGCCUCCUCCUCCUCCGCCCCCCCCUCGGCUCCCCCUCCCCCCGUGAGGCGCCGGGAGCGGCCGGGAGCGAUCGGACGCCGCCCCCGCCUCAGCGGCACCGUGGAAGUGGAGUGUGAGGAGGAGGAGGAGGGCCCCGCGCACACAGGUGCCGCGGCGCAGGUCCCGGCGGGCAGAAUGACCGGCUCCAGCCCCGUCUCUCCGGCCUCGUCCGCGGGGUCCCCGGGCAGCCCCUCCCCCCCCGGCCCCCCCCGGCCGGCCGCGCCCCCCGAGGGCCCCCCCGAGGGCCCCCCCGGGCCCCCCGAGCCCCCCUGGCUGUGGGAGCGCAGCCACGCCGAGAUCGCCGAGCAGGCCAAGCACGAGGCCGAGGUGGAGCACCGCGUGGCCGAGAUGAAGCGCGAGGGGUUCUGGUCGCUGCGGCGCCUGCCCAAGGUGCCGGAGCCGGCGCGGCCCAAGGUGCACUGGGAUUACCUGUGCGAGGAGAUGCAGUGGCUGGCCGCCGACUUCGCCCAGGAGCGCCGCUGGAAGAGGGGCGUGGCCAGGAAGGUGGUGCGGAUGGUGAUGCGGCACCACGAGGAGCAGCGGCAGCGCCAGGAGCGCGCCAAGCGCGAGGAGCAGGCCAAGCUGCGCCGCGUGGCGGCCGCCAUCGCCCGCGAGGUGCGGCACUUCUGGAGCAGCGUCGAGAAGGUGGUGCAGUUCAAGCAGCAGUCGCGGCUGGAGGAGAAGCGCAAGAAGGCGCUGGACCUGCAGCUGGAUUUCAUCGUGGGCCAGACCGAGCGCUACUCGGACCUGCUGAGCCGCAGCCUCAACGCCCCGCGGCACGGCGCCCGCACCUGCACAGCCCCGGCCGAGAGCCCCCCCCGGCCUCUCGGGGACCUGCUGGGCGCCCUCCCCCCGCAGGUGCUGCGGAGCACUCGGGACCCUCCCCCGCCCUGGGGCCCCCGCGAGGAGGAUGAGGAGUUCGCAGCUGAGGAGGAGGAAGGUGAGGAUGAGGAGGACACGAUCGCGGCCCAGGAGCGCCUGGAGGGCGACGUCGAUCACCAGCAGGAGCUCGACGACCUCGCCAGGGAAGGUGCGCUGCCCAUGGAGGAGCUGCUGCAGCGUUACCGCGGCGCCUUCACCGACUCCGACUGCGACUCCGCCCCCGGCGCCAGCAGCACCCGCUCAGACUCACCUGGCGGUGACAGUGAGGAGGAUGAGGAUGAGGAAGACGAGGAGGAGGAGGAGGAGGAGGACGAGGCCGAUGACGAGGAGGACGAGGAGGAGGGGGAGGGGCAAGAGGGUGGGGGUGGAGCGCCAGGUGAGCCUGGGGGGGGCGUGGCCCCACCCACACCUGCCCAGGUGCCCCCGGCCCCGGCCGCAGCUGCCGGCCCCGCCCCCAAGAAGGAGAUCAGCGACAUCGCGGCGGCCGCCGAGAGCCUCCAGCCGAAGGGCUACACCCUGGCCACCACACAGGUGAAGACGCCGAUCCCGCACCUGCUGCGCGGCACGCUGCGCGAGUACCAGCACAUCGGGCUGGACUGGCUCGUCACCAUGUACGAGAAGCAGCUCAACGGGAUCCUGGCCGACGAGAUGGGGCUGGGCAAGACCAUCCAGACCAUCUCGCUGCUGGCACACCUGGCCUGCGAGAAAGGUAGCUGGGGCCCUCACCUGAUCAUCGUGCCCACCUCAGUGAUGCUGAACUGGGAGAUGGAGCUCAAGCGUUGGUGCCCCAGCUUCAAAAUCCUCACCUACUACGGCGCCCAGAAGGAGCGGCGCCUCAAGAGACAGGGCUGGACGAAGCCGAACGCGUUCCACGUGUGCAUCACCUCCUACAAGCUGGUGCUGCAGGACCACCAGGCCUUCCGCAGGAAGAACUGGAAGUACCUGAUCCUGGACGAGGCCCAGAACAUCAAGAACUUCAAAUCCCAGCGCUGGCAGUCCCUGCUCAACUUCAACAGCCAGCGGCGGCUGCUGCUGACGGGCACGCCGCUGCAGAACUCUCUGAUGGAGCUGUGGUCGCUGAUGCAUUUCCUGAUGCCGCGCGUGUUCCAGUCCCACCGCGAGUUCCGCGAGUGGUUCCACAACCCCCUGACCGGCAUGAUCGAGGGCAGCCAGGAGUACAACGAGAGCCUGGUCAAGAGACUGCACAAGGUGCUGCGGCCGUUCCUGCUGCGCCGGCUGAAGGUGGACGUGGAGAAGCAGAUGCCCAAGAAGUACGAGCACGUGCUCAGGUGCCGCCUGUCCAAGCGCCAGAGGUUCCUCUACGACGACUUCAUGGGCCAGGCCAGCACCAAGGCCACCCUGGCCAGCGGCCACUUCAUGAGCGUCAUCAACGUGCUGAUGCAGCUGCGCAAGGUGUGCAACCACCCCGACCUGUUUGAGCCCCGCCCCGUCACCUCCCCGCUCGUCACACCUGGCCUCAGCCUCGGCACCCCCGCCCUGGUGCUGCGCGCCCUGGAGCCACACCCCUUCCAGCAGGUGGACCUGUCUCCGUUCGAGCUGGUGGCGCUGGAGGCUCACCUGUCGCGCUACGCGGCCGAUUGGUUCCUGCCGCGCUUCCGCGUCACGCGGCGCCUCGUGGAGGACGUGGCCGCCGCCCCCGACCCCCCGCCACGCCCCAAACCCGUCCGCAUGAAGGUCAACAGGAUGCUCCAGCCGGUGCCGAAGGCGGAGCCCCGGGCUGUGCUGCUGCUCCCCGCCCCCCCCUUGCCGGCGGCGUCAUUGGCCACACCCACCCCUGCGGGAGGCCCCGCCCCCGUGGCCACACCCACACCAAAUAUGGGCAAAGGGGCGGCUCCGGCCCCGCCCCCAGCCGUGGCCACCUUCGCGCUGCCCCAGCGGCUCCUGCUGGCCCCGGACAUGCAGGCCCGGCUGCCCUCGGGAGAAGUGGUCAGCCUGGGCCAGCUGGCGGCCCUGGCCCAGCAGCGCCCCCCAUUGGCCACCGCCGCGGGGGGCGGGGCCAAGCUCCAGGGCAGCAAAGUGACGCUGGGCCCCUCCCCCCCCCUGCGGCAGCUGGCGCUGGCCCCGCCCCCGCCCCGCGGCCUCGCCCGUGAGUGCGGGAAAAACGGGGGAAAAAGGGGAAAACGGGGAAAAACGGGGAACGUGGUGCACCUGCUGGCGGCGGGCGGCGCGCAGCACCUGCUGGCCCCCCCGGCACAGGUGACGCUUCUGGCACCUGUGGGACCCCCCCCGGCCGCGGGGGGAGGGGCGGGGACCCCCACCCAGCCCCCCCCCCACCUGGGGCUGCCCCUGGCCGCCGCGCAAGUGCCGGCGCCGCUGGUGAACAGUGCGGGGGUGGUGAAGAUCGUGGUGGGAGGGGCUCGGGUGGAUUUUGGGGAGGGGGAGUCCCUGGAGUCGCGGCGCGCGCGGGGCCGCGCGGAGCGGCUGGAGCGGCUGCUGCGGCUGAACGAGCUGCGCUGCGGCCUCAGCCCCGUCUACGGCCGCGAGGUUUUGGGCUUCCUGACGCUGCCGCCCCCCGCGCUGGGCGGGGCCCUGCAGGGCGCCGUGCUCGCGCCGCCGCAGCGCCUGCAGCAGAUGCAGCCGCUCCUGGACAGGUUCCUGGUGGCGGUGCCGGCGGUGGCGUCGCGGGGCGUGUCCCUGCACAGCGGCCGCCCCCCGCCCUGGGCGCAGCGGCAGCGGCAGCGCCUGGAGCAGCGGCUGCAGGAGGAGCUGCGGGGGCGGCUCCCGGGGGGGCUCCUGCACCUGCAGGGACCCCGCAGCCACUUCCCCGACCCCCGGCUGGUGCAGUACGACUGCGGUAAGCUGCAGGCCCUGGACGUGCUGCUGCGGCGGCUCCGGGCCGGGGGGCACCGGGUGCUGAUCUUCACGCAGAUGACGCGGAUGCUCGACGUGCUGGAGCGCUUCCUCACCUUCCACGGCCACAUCUACCUGCGCCUGGACGGCUCCACCCGCGUCGAGCAGAGACAGGCCCUGAUGGAGCGCUUCAACGCCGACAAGCGAAUCUUCUGCUUCAUCCUGUCCACGCGCUCGGGCGGCGUCGGCGUCAACCUGGCGGGGGCCGACACCGUGGUGUUCUACGACUCGGACUGGAACCCCACCAUGGACGCGCAGGCGCAGGACAGGUGUCACCGCAUCGGCCAGACCCGCGACGUUCACAUCUACAGGCUGAUCAGCGAGCGCACGGUGGAGGAGAACAUCCUCAAGAAGGCCAACCAGAAACGGCUGCUGGGGGACAUGGCCAUCGAGGGCGGCAACUUCACCACGGCCUACUUCAAACAGCAAACCAUCCGCGAGCUGUUCGACAUGGCGCCCGAGGAGCGCGAGCGCGACGGGGACGGGGACGGCGACAGGGACGGCCCUGCCGAGGAUGACGAGGACCCUGCGGCCACCAGGAGGACGCACAUCUUGGAGCAGGCGCUGUGCGGGGCCGAGGACCCCGAGGACAUCCGCGCGGCGUCGCAGGCGCAGGCGGAGCACGUGGCGGCGCUGGCCGAGUUCAGCGAGUCGCUGAGCCCCGAGGAGGGCGGCGCCGCCCCCGAGGGCCCCGAGGAGGAGCUGAGCAAGGCCGAGCAGGAGAUCGCGGCCCUGGUGGAGCAGCUGACCCCCAUCGAGCGUUACGCCAUGAACUUCCUGGAGGCCUCGCUGGAGGACGUCAGCAGGGAGGAGCUGAAGCAAGCCGAGGGCGGGGGAGGGGCGGCGUCCCAGGAAGCGCCCGCGGGGGCGGGGACGGCUCUGAGGGGGAGGAAGGCCAAGACGUGA